AUGCAUUGUUUUGAAAAUGUGUUCUAUGCUGUGUUUAUCUUUCUCUUUCAGAAUCUUCCCCAACUUUGUUGUCUCUCUGCUUCAUGUCUUGCCUCCUUUUGUACCGACUACUGGCUUUGUGUAACUUGCUACGAGAACGGUGCUUUGUAUUUACUCUUGCGACACGUGUUUGCCUACGACUUCACGCUAGAAGAAGGUGGAGUGGAAACCACAGAAGCAACCAAUGAUCAAGUUAUCGCGAACCGUUUGGCAUUACUCAGUUUGUGGGCUAUCGGUCGAAUGCUAAACGGUUUCCAAUCCACACACGAAGUCACUGAGGAUUCGAUGCUAGUCCGUGAAGGGCCGGAAAUCAGCGAUGCCCUGUCUCGACUGACCUCACCGCAUUUCACUCGAAAGAUUGCCGAACUGGGCACCUACGACCCCAGUCCGGUCGGUCGAAUGACCAGCCCGCCCGCCGAACGAGAUCCCCCAGUGAUACACGAUUUCCCGACCGAUUCGCCUCGAGGCAAAUAUUUACGCUCGCUGGCCAAAUUGUUGACCACCAACUCAGUCAAUCCGUAUUUGAUUUGGGACAAUCGUUGUCGGGCGGAGUUGGAAGUUAUGCUGGACACGACAAUAUCCAGACUGAUCAAAACGGGUGAAUGCGAUUUGAACGCCGCCACGCGUUUUGUUCAUAGCACAUACGCACAAGAACUUUUGAUCGGUGAAGUGUUUGUCCGAUUGUACAAUCGGCAUCCGUCGUACCAACUUGAAAAUCCGAAAAGUUUUGCCAUCGAUCUGCUCAACUUUAUCGAACAACAGUUGCCCAAUCUGACCCCGAGCGAGGCCGUAAAAGCCGAUUUCCCGUCUCGUUCGUCCAGUCCGAUCGAUGGUGAAGUCGACUCUCCUCCUUCCUCGCCGGAUUUGGAAGAGAUUGAUUGGGCCGCAGAAGCCAUGAGCAUCAGUGAUCAAUGUGCCAGUCAGAUGAGCUCGGCAUUGGAAGCGCUGUGCAAUGUGAUUCGUCACAACGCGGGAGUUGAAUUGCAAUGCAUUGGGCACUUCAAGCUCCUGUUCUCCGUUAUGGAACAACACGGCUAUGCGGAUCUACAGACUCGCGCCCUCGAAGUAGUCCAAGCGGUCUCACGAAACAACGAAUGCCUUGUGGACAUGGCUGCCUCACAAUUGUUACACUCGAUGGUUAUGCUGUUUCCCAGUCUACCCCAAUGUCAUCAAUUGUUGGUUGAAACAUUUGAUCACUUGGUCAUGUCUACUGCUCUACUCAAAGAACUGGUAUACUGUGGUGGUCUGAUCUAUCUGCUCGAAAUUCUGGUUCGAUCCCCCGUGCGACGAGUUCGGGAAGCCACGAUCAGUCUACUGUCUCAUUGCUUGGUUGACAAACAAGUUGGGCGACGAAUUCAGGCCCUACUGAGCCAGUAUCUACCCCCGAUCUUCCCGGAGACAAUGCGUGAUACCCCGGAGGCGUUUCUCACUUUGUUCGACUCCGAUCAAGAAAAUCCGGAACUGAUCUGGAAUGCAGACUUCCGUCAAAAGCUGACAACUACUUUGAUGGAACAUACCCGAACGUUCUAUGAGACGCAGUUGAAGAAUCCGCGAAUACGUUGGUCCCUUCCGGACUCGUUUACCGUAUCCUACGCGGAGGUUCUGAUGAAGAACGCCACUGAACGUAUGAGAACGAAUGCAGAUUGCACGGAAGAGCAACAAGUCCUGUCCUCGCUUGGCCCGGUCGUUGUGGCCGGAGUCUAUCUGCAUCUGUAUGUGGCCAGUCCGGGCUGGGUGCUACGUCGACCGGAAGUCUUUCUGGACAGUGUAUUGGACAGUUGGAUUGAGGCGGCUGGAAAACUUCCCUCAUCCGCGUUACUCCUACGAUUACUCACACGAUCCUGUGCGGCCGUUCUGAAAGAUCGUCCCGGUCUGUUGGAUUCUCUACCACGGAAGGGCUAUUUGCAUCGUGUUGUGGACUUGCUCGGGGAGAUCAACGAUCCGGAAGGCGCUAAAGCUGCUGUUCUCCUCCUGCAUCGGAUGUCCUCCAGUAAGCUCUGUGUUCAAGCAAUGGCUGAACGGGACACAAUCGGUGGAUUGUUACGUGUGGUCAGUUGUUGUAUCGGUGAAGAGUUGGGUCUCGUCGGGGAGACUUUGUUCUGCAUAUUUGACAGUCCAGACAGUGAUCCACUUAUUGCCCAGGCUUUAAAGCACGACCUGAUCAGCUACGUGCUCCAGUUGUUGCGAAACGGUUUACCCAGUUCGGUGAAAGAACCUGGUCAAACAUGUGCCUAUUUGGUUAAGGCUCUGAAAGCUAUGCAACGUAGUCCCACAUACGGAUCGAAGGUCACGGAGCAACUGGAAGCUCACCCGAACUGGGCAGACUAUCGGGAUCAGAGUCACGCUCUGUUUUUGUCAAAUGUUCCACAUUCAGCCACCGCCUAUUUGACUGCUGGCCCCUCUGCAGGCAGCUUGCAUUCCGGUUACCUGAUGGCAUCCAAUACGCACGAGCACAUUGGUCCACCACCUCCACCGGUCGCUCCGCCAUGUACACCGCCGGGCUAUUGA